UUUUUACCUUCCCCUGUAAAUCUUUUAAGAUACUACAGUAUUAUCUAUACAGCUGAUGUGGGGCUCCUUAUUCCUGUUCCCUCCCCAUCACAAAGCACUUGACCAAAUGCAGUUCUGACCUUCUUCUCUCCAUCCUAAAUGUAAUUCUCCAUUGUUUUCCAGCCAUCUUUAAAGCUUCUAGUUGAUGGUGUGCAUUGUUUGGCUUUGUACCUAACAGCAAUGUUCAGAUAAGGAAAGAAUGGGAAGUAAUUUCAGUUCAGAGACUUUGUGCCAACCACUCGAUUACUGGUAUGCUUUAGUGCUUUUGUGUCCUUUGAGGCAGAAUAGCUUGAGAUUGGAAGGAAUGAUCAUCAUCAGUAGCCUCAAAGAAAUGGGACCACAGUGUCUAAAACAAAAGAAUAAACUUGGCUCUUAUUUUUUAAGACUGUGGGUUUAUAUUUUUGUACAGUAUUAAUCACUGGGGACCCUUAAUAUACGUGUUGCAGGCUAUGCAUGGAGUGUGAGAAGCCACAUAGAACUUGAAAGCAUUGGUGAGAAUGGCAUUGAAAAUUAUGGACCAGCCUCAGCAACCAAGUGCCUUUUCUUCCCCCUGCACAAGAUAAAACAUUAAAAGUCCAUGAUUCACUUUAAGAUUUUAGUUUGGAUUUCUAACAAUUUUAGAUUCUCUGGUUGAAGCUCCUGGUUAGCCUCUGUGGUGUAAGUUGGAUAGAAGGGAAAACUUUCCUCCUUACGUUUUUGCUAAGCCUUAAGUCUGAAGAACCUCUUCAGCACAAUUAUAUACCUUCUCAGACUGAAAUAUUGAAUGAAUUAGUGAAAACAUCUACAAGAAAAGAUAUAAAAUAACCUGGACAGAAAGUCUGACUUUAUUAUUUCUAAUGUAUCUCACAUAUAUAUUUUUUCAGGUGUCAAAAUGUCCACAGAAGGAGGAUUUGGUGGUACGAGCAGCAGUGAUGCCCAGCAAAGCCUACAGUCCUUCUGGCCUCGUGUCAUGGAAGAAAUCCGGAAUUUAACAGUGAAAGAUUUCCGAGUACAGGAACUCCCACUGGCUCGUAUUAAGAAGAUUAUGAAACUGGAUGAAGAUGUGAAGAUGAUCAGUGCAGAAGCCCCUGUACUCUUUGCAAAGGCAGCCCAGAUUUUUAUCACAGAGUUGACUCUUCGAGCCUGGAUCCACACAGAGGAUAACAAGCGCCGGACUCUACAGAGGAAUGAUAUUGCCAUGGCAAUUACAAAAUUUGAUCAGUUUGACUUUCUCAUCGAUAUCGUUCCAAGAGAUGAGCUGAAACCUCCAAAGCGUCAGGAGGAGGUGCGCCAGUCUGUGACUCCUGCCGAGCCUGUCCAGUACUACUUCACGCUGGCUCAGCAGCCCACUGCCGUUCAAGUCCAGGGACAGCAGCAGGGCCAGCAGACCACCAGCUCCACAACCACCAUCCAGCCCGGGCAGAUCAUCAUUGCACAGCCUCAGCAGGGCCAGACCACACCCGUGACCAUGCAAGUUGGAGAAGGUCAGCAGGUGCAGAUUGUCCAAGCCCAGCCGCAGGGUCAAGCCCAGCAGGCGCAGAGUGGCACUGGACAGACGAUGCAGGUGAUGCAGCAGAUCAUUACCAACACAGGAGAGAUUCAGCAGAUCCCGGUGCAGCUGAAUGCUGGCCAGCUGCAGUAUAUUCGCUUAGCCCAGCCUGUAUCAGGCACCCAGGUUGUGCAAGGACAGAUCCAGACGCUUGCCACCAAUGCUCAACAGAUCACACAGACAGAAGUCCAGCAAGGACAGCAGCAGUUCAGCCAGUUCACGGAUGGACAGAGGAACAGCGUGCAGCAAGCUCGAGGCUCUGAGCUAACGGGAGAGGCAGAGCCCAGAGAAGUGAAAGCCACAGGAAAUGCAACUCCCUGCACCUCUUCCCCACCCACCACACAUACCCCCUCACACCGGGCUGGUGCCUCCUGUGUCUGCUGUUCCCAACCCCAGCAGAGCUCCACAUCCCCUCCUCCCUCCGAUGCCUUGCAGUGGGUGGUGGUUGAGGUAUCCGGGGCCCCCAGCCAACUCGAGGCCCAUAGGGAGCUGCAUGCCCCUCUCCCAGGGAUGACCUCACUCUCUCCUCUCCACCCCUCGCAGCAGCUCUACCAGAUCCAGCAAGUCACCAUGCCUGCCGGCCAGGACCUCGCCCAACCCAUGUUCAUCCAGUCAGCCAACCAGCCCUCCGACGGGCAGGCCCCCCAGGUGACCGGCGACUGAGGGCCUGAGCUGGCAAGGCCAAGGACACCCAACACAAUUUUUGCCAUACAGCCCCGGGCGAUGGGCACAGCCUCCCUCCCCAGAGGACCCUGCCGACCUCAGCGCCUCCUGCAGGCUAGGACACUGGUGCACUACGCCCCACGCCUGGGGGCCAAGAUUCUCCAACAGAAAGAUGCAAUAUUUUUUAUUUCCUUUUUCCCCAUUUUUUUCUCCAAGGAAUCAGUAUUUCAGUAUGUUGAGCUGUGUGUCCAAUGCUAUAAAAUGAAAAUAUUAAAUAACAUAUUUAUGGCAUUUUCUCGAAGUGUGUGGUUGAAGACGUAUUUCUUUUGUUUUUAUUUUUUGGUUCUUACUGCCACUUCUUUUAGGAGCAAAUCUGUUUCCUCAGGGGUGUAUGUGAUCUCUUGACUCUUAGAACAGCUGCUACCCCAGGAUUUACCACCUUCCUCUGCCCUCAGAUUAAAUUCGGCGACUGUGUGUAGCUUCUUUUCCACUAGUGCUCCUCUCCCCAUGCCCCUGCUCUUCUUGCCCGGGAGCUCCAUGGAUUUGUAUCCAGAGGCCAUGGAAACAUUCCUUGCAUUUAAGAGAUGAACUCAUUUGCCGUGGUGAGCAGAUAGAUUGAUUUCCAAAUCCUUCUCUCCCAGGGACCCAAGGAGACUAGAACUUUGUGCAUUUUCUCCCACCUUCCCCCACUUUUUAAUUUUCUUUUUAAAAGCAUUAAAAAUUGUGCUAGUCUCCUUUGCUGCAUGGACUUCAGACUGCAUGAAAUGCAAUAAAUCUCAUUUUAGGUAA